AUGGAAACCAUGGAGAAGAUCACUCAUGACCUUGUCACCAAAUCUUAUGAGGAUCACUCCUCCCACGAAAAAGGUCUUGACACGAAGACCAUGAGUAACUUCACAAACUUCACUCGGCAAUUUACUCUACAGAACCGAGGCGACUGGCUCAGUAAUCUGGAAUUCGCAUUCGAAGGAUCACCCGAACGUUACAACUCUGAAAAGAAACGGAUUCUACUCACGCAGAAGGAAGACCAGCAUCAUGAGGCCUUCGCAAGACAACUUGAGGUCUUGGAACGUAACUGGGACAGAGGACCUGAGAAGUUGAGAGCUGAGGAUUAUUUGACCAAGCUGACCGACCCCCUUCCGCGGAAGAUCACUGAGAACAACCGCUUUAUCCCACCAAAUCGCAGGGAAAUCAUCGACCUUGCAACACAUUAUUGGGAGAAUGACCAAGACGCCAAGAAACGGAAAUUCUCGCAAAUGAAGGACGGCGACAAGCCUUCACGGUCCACACAAAAGAAGAAAUCCUCUCAUCCUACGUCCGACAAACCUCGCCAAAACCCCAUGGGCUCGGAUGGAAAGAGAACUACAUGCAAAUCCCUCUGUCCCGACAACCCCUGUUCCGGUCUCUCCAGAGAGAGCAGAAAAAGCUGGUAUCAGCAUUUGGCGGAUUUGUCUGAGGAGGAAAAACACCACAUCAAGCAUAACUGGGGUGCCUUUGUGGAUUGGACGUUGUUAUUAAUUUCAAAUUCCGAGCAAAGGCUGGGAGACCUCCAGAUUGAGUUGGAAAACAAGGUCCAGGAUAAAAAUCAGGACCCUGUGGAUUUCGACCAAGAGUUGUCAGUUUUGGAGGGAUACUUUGAGAAGAGGUCUGAGAAAGAGAAGGCUUUGUUUUUCUAUAGCAAACUCAGCAAAGACCUCCGACAGGAAAUCUCCUCCCACGCAAUUGAGCUUCCCAACACCCGGGUUAAAAUAGUGCAAACUGCUUUGCAUCAUUGGCGGUCGAACCAUUGGAACACUGAUAAGAAGAGGAAACGUUCCGACGGGGAUGACGACGAAGACAAAUCCGCCAAAUGCUGA